CCUUCUCUCUCCUUUCCAUUUUUUUUGUGUUUAUUUAUGCACCACAUCUCUCUCUCACUCUCUCUCAAGAAAAAAAAAAACUCUCUCUCUCUAUAUAUAUAUCACUCUCUCUCUUCAUGAGUCUUUGAAGGAUGUUUGUUUUAUGAAGCUCAUGAUAAAGGGUUGAAAUUAAUCAUUUCUAAAAAUAACACACACAAAAAUGCCACAGAAUCAGAUUCCUGAUCUUUCACUUCAAAUUUCUCUACCAAACAGUUCUCAAACAUCAAUUUGCACAACAAAUGAAGUUGAUGAUUUAGAUUCAUCUUUUGAUAUAUGGAAAAAUAUUAAUGAUGCUAUUACUCAUGAAGGUUUCAAAUCUCAUAGUGAUGGUUUUUCAUCUUCAAUAAGAAAUAGUACUCUACAAAAAACUGAUACAGAACUUUCAUUAUCAAAUUCCAAAACAAAAACAACUACUUUUUCUGAAGCUGAGAGUGUUUGGAAGAGAAAAAACUUUGUUAGAUUAAGACCCUUCAAUGGAAUCCCUCUUUAUAGUGAUAACAAUCCUUCUAUAAUAGAGAAAGAUUCAAACUCUUCUCUAUAUCCUUCUUGUUCUGCUAGUUCUUCAACUUUUUCAAGGUUUAAUGGGAUAACUAUAGAGAGUUUAAGACCUCAAAAGUUUCAAUACAUGAAUCAUCAGCAUCAUCUUCUACAGAAUCAACAACAGCAGAAGGUGAAUCAGUUUGGAAAUUCUGAGUUUGGAAAUGGAUUUGUGAGGUCAAGAAUGAUGAUGCCAAGGCAACAAAGUAAUAAGAGGAACAUGAGGGCUCCAAGAAUGCGGUGGACUAGCUCGCUUCAUAAUCGAUUUGUUCACGCCGUUGAGCUUCUCGGCGGCCAUGAAAGAGCUACUCCUAAAUCAGUUUUGGAGCUAAUGGAUGUGAAAGAUCUAACACUAGCUCAUGUCAAGAGUCAUUUACAGAUGUAUAGAACUGUUAAAAACACUGACAAGCCAGCAGCUUCUUCAGAUGGAGAUGAGAAUUUCAUGUCCCUAACACAACCUCAUGAUCAAAAUAAGAACUAUAAUGCAUCUCUAGAACAUGAUAUUGGCUACACUUCCAACACUCUAUGGGCUAAUUCUUCUUCAAGUAAUGGAACAUGGACACAAGGUAGUUCUGGAGAUCAUUUUGAGGAGCUUAGCACACAAGAAAUCCUAUCAACUCACCACAUUGGAAAGCUUCCUCAGGGAAGCAACUGUAUACAAUCAAGAAGUUCCAAGGAUCAAAACAUAGACUGUCCAAAUCCAAACUUGGAGUUCACAUUAGGGAGAUAAAAUUAAUUUUAGUUAUUUACAUGAUUCAUGGAUCUCUCUACUAGCCAUAGAAAAAAAAAAAAAAUAGUGCACAGAUAUAUAUAAAUAGCUAGUUAGGUAAUGCUUUUGUGAAGACGAAGAUGUCACUUUCCACACAUCCAAGAAACUUUGUAUAUGCUUUUUUUAGCCAAAGAUUAUUAAGUGGUGAUAUAUAAAGUUUUAUUGUUAAAAGUAAAAGUUGAAAAAAGAAGGAAUCAAAUGUAUUAUAAAGCUUUUGUUAA